AUGGCACAAGCUUUUCGGCUGGCGCUGGCGCAAAUCAAUUCCACCGUGGGUGACAUCUCCGGCAACGCGUCCAAGAUAAUCGAAUACUUGGAGCGUGCAAGGGAUGAGUUGCAGGCCGACUUGGUGGCUUUUCCGGAACUGGCCAUAACCGGCUAUCCCCCUGAAGACCUCCUCUUCAAGUCAUCGUUCCUGCGGGACAACGUCGCCGCAAUGGAACGGGUCGUGGCCGCGUCCCGGGGUAUCGCCGUGGUUGUCGGCUACGCACAAAUUGGCGAGGGCAUCGCCAACGCGGCCGCGUUGGGCUACGACGGGAAGCUGAUAGAUUCAUAUCAGAAAAUCUAUUUGCCCAACUACGGCGUCUUUGACGAGGACAGGUACUUCGAGCCGGGUACGACGUGCCCGGUAUACGUUAUUAACGGAGCCUUGGUGGGGGUGGGCAUUUGCGAGGACAUCUGGUACCCCGAAGGUCCCAUAGUGACCCAGCGGCAGGCCGGGGCACAGUUGGUGGUGAAUAUCAACGCCUCUCCUUUUCACGCCGGCAAGGCCGUUGAGAGAGAAGAUAUGAUUGCCGCCCGCGCCAAGGAUAACGGGCUUUUUGUGGCCUACCUGAAUUGCGUAGGAGGGCAGGAUGAGCUUGUUUUCGACGGCGCCAGCAUAGUCCACAACAGCCGCGGGACUGCUCGUCAGAUGCCCGUUCCAGGAAAUGGCUUUAGCGUGGACCUGACUGGCGAGUCGUGUCCUCACCGGCUCCCCGGACGGGCGCGCCCGCCAUAA